AUGAGCAACUGGAAGGAGUUGGGAGAAGUCCCUGAUUCUGAAGACGAAGAUGGUUUCGAGAGCCAGGAAUUACCUUCUUUGCCAGCAGUUACCCCGACACCGACGAACAAGAUCGAUAUCGAGGAAAAUGAUGACCGAGAGGAGGCCAUCGCCAAUCAUGAUGAAGCGAAAGAACAAAACAAUGAUAUCUGGGACGUUCCCGACUCGUCGCAGGAGCUUUUACAGCUUGCUCCUCCUACAAAGACAUCCACUCAGAAAGAUGAAGCAAUAAAGAAGCCACUCGAACCGCGUAUCCCGAUAUCUGAUGUGUGGAACAUUCCGUCAUCCUCGCCUCUGUCUUCGUUAGGCUCUGACGAUGAACUACUCGGAGCUGACUACCCUCACCUUCAACCACCGACUAUAACCGUCGAAGACAGGCCGUUGGACCAACCUGAGCAAGAUGAUGAAGUUACUGGUGAAACAUCCAAUACAUAUCUUGAGCGCUCAUCACCCCCACCGGAAGUUGGAAGCACGCGCGGUGUUGCACAUCCUGUCCCAUCGCCUGUCCACCAAAAUUCUGAUUCAGUACCUUUGCAAAGUCAGGAUCUGAGUAUGGACGAGCAUCAAGCUGCUCAACAGACAGCGAUCCGUUAUGAGCGAUCUUUUCGGCCACGUAAGCCUAUACAGGAACGCCCAUACGCUAUAGAGAUGUCAAACUACUCCAACGUUCUAAGAAAACAUGGCGUCCGGCCCCUCAGACUUGCCCUCGAAGGGGAGAAGAGACGCAAGCAACAAGCUGAGCAGGACGCUUCACAAGAUAAGGACUUUGAAGAUGAUAGCCAAGGAUCACACCUGCCAAAUAUAUCAGACGAGAGUCAAUUGAAGGGCUUGGAAGAGUUUCUAGACGGACUGGAAACCCUGGAUGUUCCGUCGCCCUCGCCACCCAAGACUUCACCGAGAAUCAGUCGUGCCGGCCCGAGUAGCCAAGCUAGCUCAGCAGGAGAUACUGAGAACACGAGCAUAGCUGAUGACGAUCUUCCUGCGCUGAAAGACCUACUGAGACGACCACCAACUACUGUAUCGAAGCAAGUAACCAAGCGAAAGUCUUCUCCGUCCAGAUCCUCUGCUCGAAAGCGCAAGAGAUACGAUGUCGUUGACAGUGAUCCUCUUGAGCCCGCAUCUGCGUUUAGGUUGGGACUGGGAACCACAGACUCGCCUGCUGCACAGCGAAAUUCACGAAGAACCGAAGACAUACUCUUACCUACUGCUGAGGGCUCUGAUUCAGAAUUGUUACGUCCUCCAGCAACUACUGGGUCAGCUCGGUCAUUCGUCAGCCCAACGCAACGCGCGCCUCAAAUAAGCACGGAUGACUCUGAGGAUGAACUUGCCGGCCCAACAACCAUGUUGCAACCGAAUGUCCAAGGGUCUGCUACUCAAUCGGAUUCAGAUUCUGGCUCUGAGAGUAGAUCGGAAAUUGUGAAUACAGUCGGGCGUCGGAUCAGGGGAGUCCUUCCUGCCUCAUGGUUGCGGUUAGAUCAGCAGUCUGGCCACAAGAAACCGUCAAAAGACACACAGAAAAAGCCUGUCGCCUUUUCACCCGAACGAGAAAUAAGACGGGGUGUUGCACAAAGGCGUAUAGCGACACCAAGUGCCUCCACGGCCCUUGAGAUGUUCUUUGAGGAAUCCGAUGAUGAUGUCGACCCUGUCCCUGCACUUGCCUCACGACAAAAGACGACAGACGAAACCUUCUCCAACCAGACGCGUCUUCUUAUCCAGGAUCAGCCGCCUAUAUUUGUUCCAGCGGAUCAUUCCGAUGACGAGGGAUCUGCAAUUGAGGACAACGCUAUUGAUUACAUGGCUGUGAGCAGGAAGCGACAGCUAAACAUCUCAGAAUCCUUUAAUGGCACUGCAAAACGACACAGAAGCUCCAGCUUCCAACGAAAAUCUUCAGCUGCAAAAAGGCUUCAUCAGCCUCGAAUUACGAGCAUGCUUUCUGGAUCCCGUCAUGCCUCUGUACCAGCACUCGAGUCUGUCAAGAAGAAGCAUCGUCAGUCUGCGGUGAAACGAAGUAGGAAAAAACGAUCAUCCAAAAAUGUUCUGAAGUCAUUUUCACCUCCUCACCUUAGUAUUCUUGAUGUGGUUGAGCCGGAUGCGCCCCGCUUCUUGAAGAUUGCAGCUCGGUCUGCGACUCGACGCCAGGAUAUGGGUAGAAGCAGCCCCAGUAGGAAGUUCAUCAAGCUGGCCACCAGAGAUGAUCACGUUGAUGCUGUGUCCAUCUUAAGCAAUUGGAAAUCUGGGUCCAUUCCACAACGCCCAUCUGUUACCACCGCCCGGAAGGCUAAAACAUCUAAACCGAAGCCCAGAGGGUCUGUGCAACCACUGGGUGUAACAUCAGGGAAUGGCUCACCUAUCUCAGGACGUACGCUCAUGCAGCGUGGAGUAUCCCGCCGGUUGGUUAAGCAGAUCAGCCAGGCGGGAUCUGUCCGAUACCAGACAGACAGCAAUACGGCAGAACCUCAAGCAACGCCACGUCGCCUAACUACACCAGCUCGAACUGCUUCGGGGCUUGCACGGCCCGCUCAACUGGAAACAGAUGACAGGGAUGGAAUCACUCGAUUCUCCUUUAAUGCAAAGAAGAAAAGGUUGGAUCACCUGUACCGAAAACAACGAGGCGAUCUCUCUGCUUCAAGUAUCAUGACCUUCGAUAAUGCACCCGAUACAUUUUACCCAGCAAGCCCACCAGCAGAAGAAAAUCCAGUACCACUUCGAGUUGUUGAGGAACCUGUUCGGACUCUUGAUAAGUCGCGAUUCCGCAAGAAGACGAAACCUCAACGCAUCGACCUCACGGCACCGCAGUUCAGCCGUGCCAAUGAUCCGAUACCUAUGGCAACGGUGGUGACUGAGCCCCUUCAGCCUGGCGAGACGUGCGAGAAGAAAAUGCAGGGUUUGGGACCAUAUGGCACACAGUACACCCAUCAUUUUGAGACGUUCCCCCUGAAUUCUCAUGUGUAUUUUCAUAAUUCAACCCUGAUCGGCAGUGGCUUCGUUGAAAAAGCAAGAAGCGCCGUUACCUGCCAGCAAUUACUCGAGCCUCGACCGCGAAUGUCAUUCAACUUUGGUGAACAUGUGCUCAGGUGGGGUCCUUGGGAUGCACAGAUUUCGUCUGAACUGGGAGUCCUCCUUGAUUCUAUUGCGGACCAGGUAGACCCCAAAUCAUUGCAUGGGGAACUUCCAGACACCAAAUUUAUUACAAGUGCUGCUGGGUUCAUUAUGAAAUUCAUGCUGGAUUCUCUGAGUUUCGCAGACCACACGCAGAUCAAGAUCUUUGUAUGCAGGGCGUUUGAGGUUCUCCAAGGGUUCAACAACCGUGUAAGAGCCCUCUUGCGACAACAAGACGACACUACACAACCUCACUACUCCCUUAUUGCGAGUACUUACGAUCAUCUGCUCCUUGCUACACUUUUUGUUCUGAAACUUUGCCAGAGCGAAGCGUCUUUGAUGAAUGAACAAUUUCAAAUGGAAGACCUGCUCAAGGGUCUGUCUGGGACUGCCAUAACCGCACUCACGAUGGUGGGUAUGGAUCAGAUUACAGAAACCUACAACGACCUCAAAGACCCUCGCACAAGAGAACGUGGUCUAAGAAAUAAUGUGCCUGUAAUUCACUCCUGGGUGAUCAACAUGAAAGUUCUGGAACAUGCCCACAUUCUUCGGGCGUCUUUCUGGGAUAUUCUGUACACGGUUAUGGCCACGCCUGAAGCCUUAAUGAGCCUCGAUGCAAAUGUUCAUGAAGGCUUGUGGAGACAUAUGUUCACCCUUCUGCCUCUCAUUGAAUUCAAUAACCAAGGUAUCGUUAUCGCAGGCAGCAGACAUGAUGCAGUUGUUGAUGGAUGGACACUGCCCCAGAAGCUACUCAAGAACGUCUUUCAAGUUUACCAGGACAACUCACGACAGUCACCUAGCUUCAACAGCUACUGUCGAGCGCUGGUUGGUCGAUGCCAUUAUCUUGUGCAGCAAUGGGGGUGGCGCAAGUGCGUACCGGUAAUCGGCGUCAUCUUCGACUUCUUUGGCUCGCAGAACCUUGCUCACUUUCGCAACGAAGAAGUAUAUGCUUCUCCCAAAUUCCUGGACGAACUUGCCAGUAACCCUUCGUUGUCUGUUGAUAAAGCUGAUAAAUGCUUUCACAUCUUUCUCAAACUCGUCGCCUUGAGUAUUAAGAAACUGAGUGAUAUUGGCUCGCUGAAGGAUAUUCGAAAUCUGAUUGCUCGGACAAUGCCGAACCAUAACCGACAACUACUCAAAGAGCAAAUGAUCCAGGAGCGUGAUCUGGCAGCUUUGCGAAACCACCAUGACCUUCUUUGCACUCUGUUCUGGGCUUCGCCAGUAGAGCUUCGCCCCAGCGCUCAUUUGAUCGAGAGACUUGUCGCCCCAGCAAGUUCUCACAAGGAGGCUUGCCUCAUCAACUUACGAGCUUGGGGCCAGCUAGCUAGGUUCGUGGUCUCCUCCGGAGAAGCUACUACCUCUUUCAAACCAUUUGGUCAAUGGCGCAACAACCUCUUUCUGUCUAUGCUACACCAGUUUGACUCAGUCCAGUCUGAUAUGCAGCAGCAAGUACUGGCCAUGUCCAAAGAUGGGAGUAACACAAUCGACCAGGGCUUAGUAGACGCUAUGGUGGCAAUGAACAAACGGGCUGUAAUGGAUGUGUUGUAUAUGUCCGUCACAACAUCGUUAGAUGUCAUGAAACAUGCCCCCAACUUGGAAGCCGCCACCUUUGCUUUAAGCACACAACAAAUGCAGCAGGUCUUUCAUCGAUUUGGUGCAUGCCCUCCAGGAUUUGACUGGUGUAUCCUUCGAUCUGCCUUAGGCACCCUCGACGUUUUUCUAUCACGAAUCGAUGACUUCAAAGAAGACGAAGAAAGUCAGCAAAGCGAGAGUCAAAUUCUGGAAUCAGCGCAGGCCGAUGAUGCCAUCCUGGUAGUUGAUCAUGAUCUUUCGAGGGUGUACUUCUCGAUGGCGAGAUGCAUCCUCUCUUCGCAUGGAGAGCAAGGAGACCCUUCCACCGUCGCAGAAAUGUCGCAGUGCACUGAGCAGGUCAUCAUAUUGACUGCUCGACUCGCAAUUCGAUUUAUCAACGGUGGCUUGUUGAGACUCGCCGACAUGUUCAAAAACGGCAAGUAUAGUCUUUUCGAAGACAUACCAGCAAAGCUCAGCCUAGACCAACGGAGACACUUGACCUUGUUCAUGACAACACUCCUCAGGUAUGGUUUCGAUGAUUUCAACGAGGCUGGGCUCCCCCUUCCCGAAGUUUGGGCUUUGUCAAUUGUCAAACCACGUCCUUAUUUGUCAUACGAGAAUCAGUUUGCAGAACAGCUGUGGAAGCAGAAAAAAGACUUCGUACCUGAAGCAGUUUUGGGCCUUUCCAUCAACCCGGACUACAACUCAAAUCGAGACCUUUUCGAAUUCACUAUAUCAUGGAUGCGAAAGUCACUGCGAGACGCUGGACCGGCACUCAAGAAGGUCAUUAUGGCCGAGCACUCGAAGACAUUGAAGCUGGUAAUGGAGCAGAUACAGCGAGAUUUACACACGAUGUGCUCUGAUGUCUCUGAGCACCCGAGCUACGUGGCCUUCGUUCGGAACAUCAUUGCGCUUAUCAGAGCCCAUGGUUCUGAAAUUUGCAAGAUUGACGCGUACUUCUAUCAAAUCACGAAAGAGUACUCACCGUCGGUUCAAGACCCUCAAUUACAGGUGGCUGGCAUGAUGUCCUACGGCCUUCGACUGACCGAAGGCGACAACAAGGCUGUACAUGAGGUCUUCUAUUUCCUUUGCAAUAACUUCAAGCUGUCGCUGAAAGAGAACAAGCUUCGUGACGCAGUUCUACUAUUGCACAAGGGGAUGGAAAAUCAGGGUAUCCUCUCGUUCAUUCUUGGUAAAAUGCUGCCAGCCAUUGUGCGAGCGGCCGGAGCUGAAAAUUAUGCAUUUGCGAUGAUCGAGGUUUACGCAGAAGCUUUGCGAAACUUCAUGGUCCGUGAUGUAAUUCCUCGGGAAUGGGCAGAAGAAGAUGUUCCCUCAUUGCUGGCUUUGUUCCGUGCUAUUGUCGACUUUCUGAAGCAACUUAGCCAGAUAGACGGAUCGUUCCAUGCGCAGCAGGUCCAUUCGAUCACACAAGUCUUAUAUUUAUCCAACAUCUUGUGGCCGUCUCUUCGUGGGUUGUCUCUAUCUAAGAUGUCGCAUGAAUCUUGGUCGGAUGUCGCCCAGGCCUUGAUGGCAAUGCGAACGGGUCUUGCUCGAGCCGAAGCACAUGUUGCCGACAUGAUUGAGAUGGAGGACUAUUCUCUGGCAGCUGAGAUACUUCUUUCUGGCUUUAGAAGCCAGGGGCCAACGCCUCAUCCUACUGGGAGAGACAUGAAAACUUUCACGGAUAACAUUAUCAACGAUAUACGCAAACUUUGGGUCACUUCCGGGCCUAGUAUUACGAUCCAAGCCCCCGGAAGAGGACUGACACAGACACAGUCGGGUCAAGGAACGCCCGCGCCCGUGUGGGAACCAGAAUCGCUUCCCAAUGCAGCUCCUUGCCGAAACCUUAUCGUUCAUGGUGUGGCAGCAACAGGAAAAUCCGCCAUUGUUUCCCGACUCGUCUCCGACUUAGUUACAAAUAUCAACAACGAUGCCUCCUCAGGUGGACUACAAGCAGCAGUGGUCAAUUCAGUACAAUGCAUCACGGGGCGACAUCUAUUCGAGAGUAUAGUUGGACAAGUAGCCGAAGCGCUGCAGUGGGACGAAGUACCGCGACGAUGCGAGACGUUAGCGCAACUGACGGUUGAGCUGGUUAAGAUGAUACAGUAUCCUAAAAGAGAUCCUCGAUGGCGCUUUGUGCUGGUGCUGGAUGCAAUUGAUCGACAGAGAGAUGCACCACCUACUUUGUUACCAGCCCUGGCGAGACUGUCAGAAAUUAUUCCAUCUCUCACAUGUGUCUUCAUUGUCACAUCUCCGCCCGCCUGCUUCUUACGCUCACCCUCCUCAGCACAUCUUCUGUUCCCCCCAUACGAAAAGAAGGAAUUUGUCCGCAUUCUAUCCCUUACUCCACCACAACCCGUUGCUACGUGCACACACCAAGAAACUCUUGAUCUCUGGACUCGGUUCUGUGCUGCCGUAUACGACUCUCUUACGAAAUCCGCAUCUCGGACGUUACCCUCGUUCAAACAUAGCUGUUAUGCGCUCUGGCCGCGCUUUACAGCCCCUAUUUUAGCUGGAACGCAUACGCCGAAAGAGUUCUCAAAAUUGCUUAUUGCGGGCAGAGUGCACUUCCAGGAUGAGUCUUUGCUAAACCCAAGUAUUGUUUCCAUUCGACCUAAAAACAAGCCCGUCGAAAUUUUAGCGAAACCUACAUCCUCAGCGACCGACCUUACAAAUCUUCUUCCCACGACGGCUCGUCUCAUUCUCUUGUCAGCUUACCUCGCCUCCCAUAACGCAACUCGACACGAUCUUACACUCUUUUCAACAUAUAAUCACAGUCGAAAACGUCGCCGUGGAGGAAUGGUUGCCCGAGGGGCUACCCGUACAAAGCACCGAAAGAUUGCUCGCAAACUUCUGGGCGCACACGCUUUCGUGCUCGAACGCAUGAUGGCAAUCUUUGCCGCUGUGCGAACCGAGUGGGCCGCCGGUACUGCCGUCGGCGCUGCUGGACUUGACGGAGAUGUGGCUAUGGCUGUAUCCACGCUCGCGAGCUUGCGGCUACUGACACGUGUUGGGGGUGCUGGUGAUGUGAUGGAUCGAGGAGGCAAGUGGAGGAUUAAUGUUGCAUGGGAGGUGAUACGUGGAAUAGGAAGAAGCAUCGGGGUGGAGGUUGAAGAAUGGCUAAUAGACUGA